GAUUCACCAGGAUCUUGUUGCAUUGCGUUUAAGCUCCCCUUCCAGAAGAACUGCUCUUGCCCAUCGCCGUCUACCCGGGAACAGCUGAAGCGGGGUGCGGAGUGAUAAAAAUUUAUGUUUUCAUCAAACCGGGCCAAGGAGAAUGGGGGUCCCACACUCAAAAGAAUGAAGACACGACAGAACAAGGACUCAAUGUCAAUGAGGAGUGGACGGAAGAAAGAGACUCCAGGGCCCCGAGAGGAGCUCAGGUCACGGGGUCGAGCUUCCCCGGGGGGCAUCAGCACCUCCAGCAGUGAUGGCAAAGCUGAGAAAUCCCGACAAGCAACAAAGAAAGGCCGGGUGGAGGAAUCCUGCACCCCCAAGGGCAGCAAGCAGGGCCGAACAGAAGAGAUCUCAGAAAGUGAAGGGGAGGACGCCAAUGCUCCCAAAAAAACCAAAACCGAGGAGUUGCCGUGCCCUCCAUCCCCAUCUGAUGUUGACAGCCUUGAUGGCCACAGCUUCAACGAUGAGAUGAGCAGUGACCCACGGGACAUUGACCAGGAUAACAGGAGUACCUCACCCAGUGUCUACAGCCCUGGCAGUGUGGAGAAUGACUCCGACUCCUCCUCUGUGCUGUCCCAGGGGCCAUCUCACUCCUACCACCACCCUCCACUCUUCCCCCAGAGCCCACCGGUAGCUCCCUCUCCUGACAGCUUGGCUCGUCCACCCGAGCCCAGCUUUGGGCUCCCGAGCGAGGUGCACCCCCAGGGACCCCCCACAGGGAGCUACCACUCCCAGCUGGAGGGCCAGGCCUCCCACAUUUUCCAGGCUCAAGCCCCGCAGACACCUGCCUCCUCUUCCUCUCCUGUUGUUGCCCCUUCUGCUCCCCCUUCCUCAUCCUCCUCCUCCUCUUCCUCCUCCUCCUCUGCCCACACUCCUCUUUACCCUACGGCCAACGUGGUCCAGAUUGGGGCCAAAAUAGCCAGUGGAGUGGGGGGGCUGCCAGCACCAGGGGGUCGCGACCAGAGCCUCAGCACCAAGCACAAUCCGCCACCCACCACACCCAUCUCGUUGGCGUCAGUGGUUGGGGGGCUCCCCCCUCAAAAGACACCCCCAUCCAACCCUCCAGCUGCCCCCCCGGCUUCGGCCCCUUCCUUUCCCCAUGUCUCCGCCAAUCUGCCUCCCCCUCCAGCCCUGCGCCCACUCAACAACACGGUGGCUGCCUCCAGUUCCCCAGGGAUGGUGGGGCAGGCCCUGAGUGGCCACCUUCCCUCACCCCAUGGGAUGGGUCAGGACAAGGCACCGGCCCUGGCCCCCUCCCGCUACCCCUACGCCCCGCCACCACUGCCACCCUCCAGUUCCUCCGCCCAGUACCCCCAACCCUCCUCGGCCCAGCCCCUGCCCAGUUACAGUGCCUCCUACGGGCACUCCUUCCCCCCGCCCAGCGGCCUCUCCGUGUCCAGCCAGCCCCCCAAGUACACCCAGCCCUCCCUGCCC